AAUUGGCUUUAGUAUGACGAGGAGGAAAUGAAGCAUUGCAAUGAGUAUGUCUCGCGCCUGCUGUGCAGUCAUGGUUCCAUUUGAGGACGUACUGUCUCAGGUGAGAAAAGCUUUACAGGUCAGCCCUAGCCUACUGCACGAGCUUCUCAGAGAGCUACACGAGGCCAAUGUCUUCUCCACCCAGUAUUACCAGUCUCUCUACAAGGAUGGUGAAGAUGGAGAGCAGCAUUUGCGUGACGUUUUUUAUAAUGAUCCAGAAGAUCUGGCCAGAAGACUCUCUUUGCCUAUCUGGCAAAACUGGGACAUCAGUCAAGGCAUCCUGGAUUCAGUACUCUCCAAAGAGGAGGAUAUGGUUCCUUCUUAUGCUGAAUCGCAAGAUAUUGUCCCAGACCCAAUGUCUGAACUUUUACCUGACAAUGUCAUCUUAGAAUAUCUCGACUCACUUGAGGAGUUUAUUGAAGAAGAUUUCGAUCCCAAAUUCUUUGAUAACUUUUCAGUUGACACAGACACAACCUGCACGCCAAUACCAGAAGAUGCUUCUUUCCCAGAUGAAGUGCAAAGCAGAAAGCGAAAAGUUGAUGCAACUUCAAACAAAACCCGCAGAUCCAAACGCAACAAAAAAGCAACAGCGUGGCCUGAAAGUCCCUCAAACGGAAGGCCGCCCAACAUUACCCCUGAGAGUAGCUUCCAUCUGAGCUCAAACCCAUUCCAGCAUGUAUUACGCAUUCCCUUCAGCCCCCCUCUUCUGCCCCCUAGUGGAGGUUCACCACUACAAUUCAUCCAGACCAUCGGCCCUUAUACGGCGCCUCUAAUUGGCACUGUGGUUCCAACAGGACCUACAUACGUGAUUGUAUCUGCAGUGUCGCCCCAAUGUGUGAGUCCAGGCACUCAGAUAAUUCCUCUUUCACCUGCCGAUGGCACAGUUGCCCCGCCAGAGCUCACUGGUUCCGUACUUCCAGUUGGCUCAUCUUCAGACAGUGCAUGCCAGGGUUUGCCACCAGUAUCUGUAGACACACUCUCCCCUACAAAAGACCUCACACAAUCAGACUACAGCUUGAAAGGUUUACUGUUCGAUUUGUCUAUGUUUCCUCGCUGCAAGGACUCAGACUCUGUGUUCAAACACAUUCUGUCCUGUCCUGAUGAAGUUCUAAUUAUCUUUGACAGCUUUGAUCACAUUAAAGACUUUGAGGGGCUUCUCCAGUCCCCUGCGAAAUCACACACAAACACUAAAUACACCAUCAAACAGCUAUUUUCAGGUUUGUUCCAAAAGGAAAUCCUCUCGGGCUGCACGCUUCUCAUCGCCACGAGGCCUAAAGACGUUUUAAAUCAGGUGCUGCGAAAAAUGGACAGCCUUUUGGAGCUUUGUGGCUUCUCUCCUGAGGACAUUGAGUUGUAUACGUCAAAAUAUUUCGGGGAUGCUUCCCUCCAAGAAAGUGCACUAAAACAGAUUAAGAAUCACAGAUACAUAUCCAGUUUAUGCUCCAACCCGCUACUUUGUUGGACUACAUGCUUCCUGCUCGAGCACCAAGACAGCUGCAAUGAUGAUUUGCCUUCGACCCUCACGGACUUGUACCAAAGAGUGACCUCAAAGCAUCUGCAACUAGCUAGCCUUGAAAAUAGCUCACUGUGUAAAAAUAGAAAACAGCUGGACAUCCCACAGUUGUGCCUUAACCACUGA